AUGAAUCAAAAUCGGGCCCUACAUUUUAGUGGGCCUUAUGAACAUCGCCCAUUGGGCUACGACUACAAUUUUAAAUGUCACUGGGCCGAAGUUAAGAGAGGGAGAGAGGUCAGAAGUCAGAACACAGAACAAUAUUACCCACCACACCCGCCGGAACUCAGUCAGCACUCCAUCUCCGAUUGGCAGGCGCAACCGGAAGCUGCCCUGAAGAACUUAUUUCACAGACAAAGAUCCAAAGCGCUGUACUUGGAAGCAUUUUUCCGUGUCGUGUUAAUUUUGUAUGGGGAAUGGCAAGAUGCUCAUCUGGAGGUUAGGUACACAGAUGUGGACUAUUUUGUGUUUUCUGAUGCUGCAACCUUAAUGGCAAAUGGAAAAUCACCUUAUGAAAGAUCAACAUAUCGGUAUUCGCCACUUAUUGCUUUUCUCCUCAUACCUAAUUCGUUUCUACAUCAUUCAUGGGGAAAAUUUCUUUUCUCAGCAUCAGAUCUAUUGGUGGGGUUUUUUAUCCACAGAAUUUUGAAGUUACGAGGAGUUCCCGAAAAAAUCUGCACUUACGCCACAAUGAUAUGGCUUUUCAACCCAUUUACCUUCACAAUUGGAACACGUGGCAACUGUGAGCCCAUCGUUUGCUCCAUGGUUCUUGGGAUCUUAAUCUGUUUGAUGAAUGAUCGUCCCUCACAGGCUGCAUUCUGGUAUGGGCUUAUUGUCCACCUGAGGAUAUAUCCAAUAAUAUAUGCACUUCCCAUCAUCUUCGUUCUUGAUCCCCUGCAUUUUCGACCAGGUAAAAAGCCCACCCUCGUGGACUGGAAUUCUAGAUCAUCAAACUCAUCAUGGGUUUGGCACAACUCAAAAAUAACCUAUUCCCACUAUAUUCGGAACAUUCUAACAAGCAUAUUCACUUGGAAAAGGGUCGUAUUUGGGAUUAUAUCUGCUUCCACUUUCUUCAUCUUCACCGGAUUCUUUUUCUAUUUAUAUGGAUGGGAUUUCUUGCAUGAGGCCCUAAUGUACCAUCUCACGCGUACAGACCCACGCCAUAAUUUCUCCAUAUACUUCUACCACAUAUACAUCCACUACGAACACGAGUUCUCGAUCCUGGAAAAGCUGAUUGCCUUUCUGCCUCAGUUUACUGUCCAGCUGGUUCUGAUUUUCCGCUUUGCGCUCGACUUGCCUUUCUCUUUCUUUCUGCAGACACUGGCGUUUGUAGCAUUUAACAAGGUGAUAACGGCACAAUACUUCGUCUGGUUUUUUUGUCUGUUGCCUCUAAUACUGCCAUGGACUACUAUGAAGCUUAAAUGGAGAGGCCUGGCAUGCAUAUCUGUGUGGAUUGGAGCUCAAGUCCAUUGGCUAAUGUGGGGUUACUUGCUGGAAUUCCGGGGCAAGAAUGUCUUUUUGCAGCUAUGGCUGGCAAGUUUGUUAAUCUUGGCAGCUAAUACUUUUGUUAUCAUCAGUGUGAUACGUGGUCAUGUGUACUGCCCUCUCUUCAAACGGUUGCAGGAAGCAGAUCCAACUGAAAUUGUGAAACACGAUUAG